UACAAAGAGCGGCCCGGGGGCUGGUGGGGGGCUGCCGCUGAGCGCUGCGAUCUGGAACUUCCCAGGGGAAAGCGGUGUGACUGAGCGCCGAGUGACCGCAGUCCGCGAGCUGUGGGCUGGCUGUCCGCGUGUCUGCAAACAGAGCUGCUUAUGGAGGCCUGGCGCCUCCAGAGUUUUGUUCUGGGGCGAGGGCUGCGGGCUGUUCUUGCCCCACGUGAGAAAAAAGCUGAAGUUACCGUGUGUAAUGCUCCUGAGGUGAUUACCUGCAUUCCUAAUUAAAGCACCCAAGGCUGGGUAGGUUUCCUGUGCUGCUACUGCAUUUUUCACAACUUUUAUUCUUUUCAGCAUUAAAUUUAUACCAUGAGUUUUUAUUCUGUGGCCCCUGUUUGCGGAGGGACGUGGUAUUGUUUGUGUGCACACAGAGCGCAUUUGGUUGUAAUGUAACUGUCCUAUCCCUGACUCAGGCUUAAAACAGGUUUUGUUUUGGUGGGAAAGAGCUGCUCUCAUCACUGCCCACAGAAAUUACGUGCGGUUUGUCAUAACGUGUCACAUCUUGGCAGUUUAUUAGGUAAUUCUGUUUGGGAAUUAAAUACUUCAGGACCUUCUGCAUUUGAAAUAAGUUUGCCAAAAUUGAAUGUAGUGUGCAGUACUAUUUCUCUGACUAUUUCUCUGCAGCAGCAGAAUGCAUGAUAACUUCCCUGCUGUUUCACCCCCAGUGGUACUCAGCUCUGCCCCAGAGGAAGCACCUUUCAGAAGAAACGUGGAGUUCCUCUUUGCUUGCUUUUUAUGAGAGAAAGGAUUCAGCUAUCGGUAGUAAUAUCUACUGUGUAGAUACUUGCUUGUUAGAACUUGUGAUAGAAAUUUUUUAUCUCAAGUUCCAAAACAGCUGGUAUGCUUACGAUCAAAGUUUCAGUGUUGUGGCCGGCUCAAUUAAAGCAGAGGUCUGAUGAUGACUUACUGUUCAUUAUGCUGUUUGAAGAAAUUUAGGCCAUUGUGUGAAGUUGUAUGAAGGAUGCUAGUUCUGUAGCGGAAUGUUGUUCAUGCCCUUCAUUAGCUUUGUCAGAUCAUUCAAGAUGGUUCUCUUGUGACUUUCUACUAACUCACCAAUCUCACAGGCUGUUGUUUUGUUCUACAAAACCCAGGGGAAAAGCUUAGUCACUUCAUUUGUAUUCGUGGGCUUUCUGUUUUUCUGGCCUGGCUUGUCACUUUUCUGCUCCUCUUGGUUCAUUUGAAUUUGAUAACUCAGCACGCUAAAGUGAAAGAAGGUUUAAGUGAGUCCGGUUUCCACAGAGUAUUUGCAUUUUAAAAUACAGAUGGGCAGGCUGGUGAUGUCUGCUGGGCAUUCUGGGUAUAUAGAGCAUAUUGUCACAGAAAACAGAUGUGGAAGGUACAUUGAGAAGUCCCCUUGUCUGGCCCUGUUACCUGCCUUGUGAGGCUACCUGGUGCCCUGAAUAGCUUCAGUCACUAGCAGGUCAGGUACCACUUCAGUAUGCUUCUGAAUGGGUUGGUAACUUGCUCCUCUGACAGGGUGGUACUCAUGUGUCAGGUUAGAUUUUGCUUCCACCCUACCUGAGUUUCUGGUACUCUCCAGAAAUGUGGAGGAGUCAUUUUGCUUCAAAAUGUUACAUUCUCCAGCUUUAUAGUUUUGUUACCUUUCGUUUUGCUCAGUGCUUGCUUGGUGACAAAGGUUUUUUGAGAGUAAGAGCAGAAAGUAACUGUUUGGUUGGGUAGCACGUUUGCUUGCACCUAGCAGCUGUGAGGUUUUAUACACGGGCUUUUAAGGUGGAACAAAAUCCCUUUGAAGACUAAUCCAUCAUGUGUUAUAGCGUGUCACCUUGCCCUACUAGCAGUGGGCGUGAGUGAAAAUUUAAGCCAUGCUUUUUGAGACUGGGGAGGAGGUGAGGAAGUUGCUUAUUAUUUGCAAUAGAAAUGCAUGCAGUGACUUCACUCCAACAGAGGAACAGUGUUUUGCUCUACUUCGGGGUCCUCAGUGCCUGGUUUAACUCAGGUGGAAGCAAUCCCGGCCCUGCUAAUUUGCUCAAUUUCUGUCGAGGCACGUUCUGUUGAGCACAAGCUCAAAAGUAUGCAGUGUGAUGUUAGGGUCACACAGUGCACAUAACAGCAUAGAACACCUAGGUGCUGUUGGAUUUUUGACUAUCAGGCUGAGAUGAUACUGCUGCACGUAUAUGAAAAAAUAAAGGCUUUCAUAAUUGGCAAAGUUUUUUAAUAUGUAAAACUGAUGCACGUGCAGGUUUACCUUGCACAAUCCCAUAAAAUACUUGUAUUUGUUUACUUUUAAUUACUUUCUCCUUCAAUUUUUUCUCUACUACAGCUCUGAAAAUAGAGCCAAUAAGACAGCAUUAUUGUGAAGGAGAGUUAGCAUUUAGGAUACCAUGGUGUUCCUGCACAAAUAAGUCUAACUGCUUGAAAAUAUAUCUUGAAACCAGAAAUUAAGGAGCAUAUUCAUGUCUAUCUUGAAAAUUCAUUGGCAGCAAGUAAGCUGCCAUUCACUUGUAAAGAGGAGGAGAAAUUAAUCAAAAUGCUAAAGCAUAGCUGAUCUAAUUGGCAAGUGUGACUGAAAUAUUUGCCAUGGAAGAAAGUAAAUCUGAUUUUGUGAAACAUCUAAGCAGAUCACAGUUUGGCAGUGGUUUUGUUCCCCUGGGGAGUCACCAUUAUAAAUCCAAGCAGAACCUGGCUGUGCUGUGUGAAGCUGGGAACAAAGUUAAGAGCGAGCAACAAGAUCCGCAGCUUCUAACGUGGUGAAAGAGAAUGAAUUGAGUACAGUGCAGUCUGAUGGACUUAGUGUUUGUGUCCAUUCCUUGGAUUAUUUGGAUACAGUGAUUGGUGCCUCAUAACCAAAAAUUGGGGUUAUUAAGCAGCUGUCAAAAAAUUAUAUGAGUGUUUGUUCAUGGAUUUGAGACUUUUGAGAAAGGAGAGCUACUGUGCUUGAUAAUGCAUUUCUUUGCUUUGCUGAUGGACUAACCUGUUCCUUUUUCACUAGCUGGGAUAGUCUUCUCUUUUGUCACUUAAAAUGCACUGGAAACAAAAAGCCGUGCCAUUUUCCCUUCUUCUAACUUAUUUUAAAUACUUACACUGAAUGGUUCCAGGUACGCUCUUCUGUAAACAGAAGUGUGCCAAGUCAUGGAUCUGCGUUGGGUUGUAAGCUGGUCGUUUCACAUCUAGCAAAGUUCAGGGUCCUGUGGAUUGGCAUGAUGCCUUUUUACCAUGGCAGAACCCAGUAAUGUUUAUGUUACGACACCUAACAGAGCUUUUCAAGUCUCCUCUGUUUUCUUAACUUUGUUCAGUUGCAAACUUGAAGCAGCUUAAAGCACGGCAGUCUCAGGAAAUUGAAGUUUGCAGGCUGCUGAACAGCUGACAUGUAGGUCGUAGCAAUAUCCUCUUCCCUCUCGUGUCCCACAGGGUACUUCAUCACUGGUUUCAUGUGAAAGUAGGUGAGCUGCUCGUGAAAAACAGAAUCCUUGAAUUACACACUAACAUAAUCAAUGGUAACGCAUUGUCCCUUUGGAUCUUGAUGGGGUAGGUACUCUUCUAGUGCCACCAGCUCUUAAGUAAGAUCUUGCUGAGAAGUUGUCUUCUCUUUAUCUGCGCUACCUUUUGGCAGGCUUAACUGAGCUGUGUGUAGGGGGACAAAGACAUCUGGGAGACAGUGAUGGAGGGGAACAGGAUCGUCGUCUUUGUAGGUCCUAAUAUAACUAAUUGAAUGAAGUGUUUCUGAGCUGAGUUGAAGUUAGUAUAGAGGUUUGUCUAGUAUAAAAUCUGCCUGUAAGAUAGGAAGGGAAGUUGUGGCUGUAGUUACCUGAUGACAAUCUCUGUUGAAAUAAGCAGCAUGUGAGUACUAAUUGUAGUGCUGGUUUCUCUCAAGUGCACUGAGAUCGCUAGCUUCUUUCUCACAGGGCACUGAAUGAUCAUUAAAUGCUAAUGACUUUUGAUUACUGGUGACCUCGGUCAAUUUAGAGUUAGUGACCUAGAGAUGAAAACCACUGUAUCUCAUUACCAAUUUCCUGAGCUAUCUGAUCUUUCCUUUGUAGGUCAGUUUUGAUAAGAGGCAGAAUAGAAUUAAAGUUGACCUCUGCCUUAGAAAAGGGGUUGAAGGCUUUCAGGUUUGCAGUAUUGUGCUUAGAAGCAGCAACAACAACCAAAAGAAGCAGCUACAAGGAAAGAACUUAUCUUUCUGACCCCACGGAUUGUCAAGAGCAAAACUUAUCACUUCUAGUAGAAAAACAGCCUAUCACCUGUAACCUUGAAUUUCUCAUUUUGUAGCUGCAGGUUUUCUCAUCUCAAGCAUCCAUUUACAACCCUUGUUCUUACUUUGAGCUACGAAGCGGCAAAUGGGUGUUUGUAGGAUAAAUUGCCAAUUCUACUCUAGGAUGUUUCCUACCUGCAAUUGCCAAACUAUGCGCAGGAUGGUAAAAUUGUGUAUUUCAUGUUGUGAUGAAGCAUUUCACUUAAUUUCUUUCCAUGUAUGCAGAAGAGAAUGUGUGAUAAUUCACUGUUAUUGUUCACUGUAGACUUUUUAAAUCUAAGAUGUUUUUUUAUACAGUUGUGUUUUCUACAGACUGCCAUUCAUACAGCAAACAUGGCAUGGAAUUCAUAAUGAAAAUGCGUGAUAAAUGUAAAUAUUUUUUCUCACUUUAAUAUGCAAGCUCUAUUUAUUUUUAUCAAGCUGAAAAUAAAAGUUUUAAUUUUAAAAGCAAAACUCCACAGCGUACAAAAAUCUUGUAGAGUUAUGUGAGUAUGUUUGGGAAAGAAACAAUCAGUUAUUGAACCUCUUACUGUGGUUAAAUGGCAGAGGUAAAGCAGCUAAGGAAGAAUGUAACAGGAGGAGAUGCUGCUCGGUUUGGGCCAAGCCUAAAUUGGUGAGCAUGCAGGGAAGGAGGAUGUUCACGAUGAAAUAAAUAUAGAGAUAAAUGUUGUUCUCAAGUACUGUGUUUUGAUUUGAUUGCUUUGUCUCAAAAAAGGAUAUUGCUGUAAAAACUAAAAGGGGGCAAUGAAAAUGUCUGCAAAUACAAAAAAAGGCAUAUUUAAACGAUGAAGGUUGUCUUGGCAGGGAGUCGAGUAAGAAGUGUUGUGCAGAGAUGCAAAUAAUACAAGAAUGUGAAAAUAAAAGGCAAUUUUAUUCUCUGUUCUUCUAUUUUAUAAAAACUUGUAUUUAACUGCUGACUGGGCUGCUCAGAACUCCCUGUGUUUGUUUCCUUGAAGGCACUAAGAGCACUCAUGGGGGGAAAAAAAAGAUAUUUGUGGAUAAAAAUAUUCUGAGGGUUUUAACCUUCAUACUUUAGAGCAUAAGAUUAUCACUAAGCAGAGUUGGGAAGAAUAUUUGUAAACAAGCAUUUUGCUAGCAUACAAGCUAUAGCAAAAUACAUUGUAGUUUCUAGUGUUGGUUCAAGAUGCUGUUCUAAAUUGAUGCUUUUCUGAGAAAGAAAUACUCUAUUUUUUAUUUUACUUUUACUUCUACUAUGUAUUCAGACUUCUUUGAUAGCCAUCACAGCGUUUCCCAUCUUUGUCCCUGCUUUUAGUCUUUUUAAGGGAGCCCUCACUGAGUGAGACGUAGGGACCAACUUUUUGAUGCAACAGACAGGAACGGUUACUCCUGGUUUGUUUCAGUGCUGCCUAUCGGAAACCUGUGUGAGGACGAGUGGUGGGAGAUUUAUUCAAUCCUAAAGUGCUUUUUUACUGGAGGAAAUCAAGAAUAGAGCUGUCAGUCCCCUUUCCAAGCAAGUGUUUUUACAAACAGAAGGGUUGGGAUGGGGUGGUUUCUUCCAAGUGACUAAAUAACUCAUAAAUAGUUAAACAGCGUUAAGCUCCUCGGCUGUCUGGGUUGGGUUUCUUGGCUUUAUUGUUUGCUUUUUUGCUCUUUGAACUUGUACACAUCAUUUUUUAAUUAGUGUUUGAGUGAGCUUAAAUUCAACGGGAAGUAACGGCAGACAGGUAGAUCUGUUAAAUAUUAAGUGCGUAUUUAUUUUGGUUAAUAGAGAUGUACCAUCUGAAACUGAUUUCUUUGGGGAAUCCAGAAUUUAAACAAAGAAUUUUAAUAAUGCAUAGGCAUAAUAACAGCCAAGGAAAAGACUUGGCAACUUUACAAAAAAAGAAAUAUAUGCAUGUUCUCAUUGCCUACUUGGAAUUUGUUCCUCAGUUCAGAAUCUGGUUGUAGCAGCCCACUGGGAAUUGUGAAGAAAUCUUGAUUUUUAGGGAAAUUGUCCACUUCAUGUUUCUACAUGAAGAGCAGAGCUCUAAAUGUGAGAUAGAGGAAAAGCACAACCUAUUAGAAGACGAAAAAAUGGAAAAUUUGGGGUAUACUUGCUAUUGCAGAAGGAAGGACUGAUGCAGUGUGAGGAAGAGGUUUCCCAUCAACCUCGGAAAUUCAGUGAUUUCUCAAUUGUAAGUUACCUUUAGAAAGGCAUAAAGAUACAUGCUCCAAGCACUGCGUGCACGUGAUUGCUGUGACAACCUUCCCAAUGGUUUCACAGCAUAUUAUGGUCCUAAAGGAUAAUUACAACUGGGAAUGUAGAUAUAUCAUGUGCAUUUGGAUUUAAACUGUAAAAUUAAUAAUUUUUCUUUGUUUGGACAGUUUGUGUUUAAACACUUUUUAGCUGAGAGGUGAUUUCCAAGGGCUUAUAACUCGCCCUGUAUCAUUUGAAAGGAGGAUGAAAGUGGGUGCAUAGCAGCUCAGCCUCAUAAUGUAGCCCUUUGCUAAGUUCUUCACAUCUGGCAUUUAGAAUUUUCAUUUGGCCUGUGUUCAGAUUUAAGCAUGGAAUUUCCUACACCCUUUAAGUUAAUACUUUUGGUGUGGUUGCUUUGCUUACAAGUUAAUAUUGAUGUCUCUGAAGAAUUGUAUAUGUGUGUAUAUAUAUAUAUGUAUAUAUAUAUAUAUGCACAUUUUUAGAUGCUUAUAAAGUUCCAUUCUGUUAAUAUAUAAUUAAUAAAGAAAAAUUAAAAUUACUGGAGAAAAUGAGGGAUACAGCACAACAAGUUUUCAGAGAUGGACAGGUCUUUGGGAGAAAGAAGGUCCUUACUCCUCUCACCAGAGACAGACUGCUUUGAACUUGAAGUUUUGACUCAUAUUUCAACAGGGCACACAUCUGAAUGUGCUUUUACUGACUGCAGUGAGCUGUAAGUCAUUAACAGUAUGUGUAUAUUAAAAGAGGAAAACUAUUUUAUAGGAAAAUAGAUGGUAGUUGCUGCCAAAACUGAAUGAAUAGUGAAUGCAAGAAGCACUGAUUCUUUCUGUGCUUUUCUUUUUCCACUUCACUUGAGACUAAUAACUGAUAUGUGAUGGUUUGUUUUGGAGCUAAUAAAGUUCAGUGAAAGGUGAUAUGAAGCCUGUGGAAAGGGUCAUAACUUUUUCAUAGGAGCUUCUGGGGUCUGUUGUGGAAUCAUUAAUACUUUCCCAGUUGCAGCAGACCAGAUUUUUGAUGGGUGGCUUAGGAACUGACAAAGAUGGCUGUUAGGCUUUGUAUCAGCAGGUGUGAACUUUCAUCUUUGGUUACUAGGGGUCUGGCUGGCUUUUGGGUUUGGCAGAACAAACUUCAGCCGUAGCUUUUCCUCUCCUCCUUCCGCAAGAGAGCACAGCAUGUUUCACAUUGUGUUUUGUGGGAGUUGAAGGUAUGGUUGAUAGCUGCCAGUUUACAUUUGCUAUUAGUCUUUCCUAGACUGAGUUAACAGUGGCUCUGUCAUUCCAUUUCUCUUCUGUAGCAUCUUGGUAACCCUAUCUGCUAUGGGUAUAAUCUUUGGACUUCCAGUGGCUAAAUUGUUUGUUGGGACCUUGCUUCUUUUAUUCUAUGGGAUUAGGUAAAAUGGAUUUAUGGAAUGAAAAUCAAAUCUCCCAUAUGAAUCUCCUAACCUCCUCUGUCUUUCUUUUGCCCGUUGCAAUGAUGAAAACCAGAUUUUCUGACAUCUGUACACUUGCUCCCCUGUGGAAUGGCAAACAGGUUGUUAUUGUAACUGGAAGGGAUAGAAGUUUACCUAAGGAGGGGGGGAAAAAAAAAAACUUGCACCAAUCCAAGAAUACUUUGUAUUUCCAUUGUAAAUUCUCUGCUGUGAGCAAUUAUAAACAUCCCAUCUGUGGGAUAAGUUUCUUUUCCUUUACCCUUUCUUUUACCAUCACAAUUCAACCUGACAAACGUGGUUAGUUUGUCCCAAAUGAACCUGUCACAGAUAAAAACAAGAAAAACAAGGAGAAAGAGAGUAAAAAAGGAAAGAAAAGCUUGCUAGGAAAUAUUUCUUUGGCAACUGCAUGAUCUGCCUCUCCAUCUAUUUAGGAACAGAUCUCUACUUUUCAGCCACGCCAGGUCUGACCCCCCAUUUUCUUCUAAAUUAACAGACAGAGGAGAUAGAUAUGUGUCUGGAAAUAAUAUUUUACCAAUCCACUGCAGCCAAAUCUCGUGAUGACCACUGCCAGUGUUUUGGUGCUUAAUGUGGAGUUACCUCUCAAGGAGACCUAAUAAUCUGUGCAGUAUCUGCAUUUAGGCAUUACCAUUCCAAGACUCUGUUACAGAGCUAUAGCUGUGGCAAUUGCAGUUGUUUUUUCAGUAAACAGCCUGAGAAGCAUCUCCGUGCUUCAGUUUCGGUCCGUGGCAGGCUCUUGACAGGCGUUUCAGCAAGGUCAACUGUUUCUCCACCAGCCUUCGGUCAAUUUUUUAUUUUGGUGUUGUGUUCUUGUCCAGCAAAACUAAUUGACUAAUUAAUUAAUUGAAGAGCAAAGAGGAUUUUUUCUUUUGAAUUGGAAAAUAAUUGUGAAAUGAUGUUAGAAUUAUCAACCCAUCCGGUGCUUUAAGGUGGGAAUGUUGACACCUAAUACUUUGGUUAUGCUUACCUUUUUUCUUAAUGCGCUUGACCUUCUACUAAGGAAACCUGAUCUAAAUUUAAUUCAGAGUAAACUAAUGACUGGAAGUUAGUUUUGUUUUUUUUUAAUUUAAAUGAUUUCAUUGGCAUAUCUUAUAUCCUGUUUAUUUCAGAAAGUAUUUGUUAACAGAAUCAGGAUGUGUUUGCCUCUUGAGAAAUGCUUUCAGCCUGCGAUUCAUAAACUGGUCAGAUUUGCAUUGAAUACUUGGAAACAUCGAUUAAGUAUAUUCACUCGGACUUGCUUUAAUCUGAUUGCACGUGUAGAAGUUUCCUCCUGAUGUGGUGCAACCAUGUCGUGUGUAAGCUGGCCUAAUUAACGCUAGUUAGUCAUUUGGGACCCCUGUCAAAAGCCAUUACAUUACCUAGAAACGUAAGGAGUUAAAACUGAAGCUGUGACCUCAUCUCUAUUCAUGUUACACUGGAGUAGAAAUUGCAUGGAAGGGGAUUGUUUAACUGUGUCGCUGUCUUUGCUGCUGCUAGCUGAUUUGCUUUCUUUUGGUUCCCGUAUUUAUAGCGUGCUCUUUCUGAACAACUGCCACAGUAGGGAUUUGUGAGCAUCCUAGGCUCGUACAAAGCCACGCUCAUACGAAUUGCGUGUGCAAAUAGCUCCCGCAGAAACGUUUAGGCUCAAAGAUGUCUCUACGUGAUUUCCACAUUUUAUCCCUUCCCCUGUGUAAUCCAGGCAGCAUCAAGGAGAGCUGAAACGCACACGCUUCUAGUCAGUCAGGCACUUAUGCAACUGUGCGUGGUUUCCUUUAUUGCUUGGCGCUGCGCACUAAAUGAGGAGCACAACUGCUGUCGCUUUAACGUUGGAGCCGCGUUCGUUACAAUAGGUGUCACUGUGCGGCUGAGCCCAAUCGUUAUCAGUGACUUCAGCUAUUGGCUCUGCGUGCUGGCUGACUCCAUCUGCAGGGCUGGAUUAUCUGGUCUCUUCGGAUCCGCUCGUCGCACAAGUUGAGCUCGCUGAGCAGGCGAGCGGUGCUACGGCACGUCUUGCUUGCCUCUGGUGGGAAGCUGCUGCGACAGCCGCGCGUGUGCCUCUGUGCUGGGCGUGCUGCUUUCGGGUGGCUCGCGGUCAGGAAAGCUGGGAAGAAAUAAAACUGGCAGGAAUGAUGGGGAUGUAUUUAACAAUGCAAGUACUGGAUCAAACUUAAAGCCUGGUUUCUUAGUCGGAAUGCUGGAAAGGUCACCUUGUCUUGCUGGAAAAGAAACUCUCUGCUCUGCUACUCCGUGUUUAACAGCUCACACGUGCAUUUUUUGAUGUUCUUAGCUAGUCAAGUUAUCUAGCUAUACAGACAAGUAUACUCAUGGUAGAUGAGAAAGGAAAGAACAUGAAAUGUCUCACCUUUUUCUUGAUGCUUCCAGAGACGGUUAAGAACAGGUCCAAGAAGAGCUCUAAAAAGGGAAAUAGCAACAGCAGCAGCAGCAAAUUGCCUCCAGUUUGCUAUGAAAUCAUUACUCUGAAGACCAAAAAGAAGAAGAAGAUGGCUGCUGAUAUUUUUCCCCGAAAGAAACCAGCCAACACUAAUACAACUGCUGUCCAGCAGUACCACCAGCAAAAUCUCAAUAACAACAACACUAUUCCAGCACCAAACUGGCAAGGACUUUAUCCGACCAUCAGAGAGAGAAAUGCAGUGAUGUUCAACAAUGACUUGAUGGCAGAUGUUCAUUUUGUGGUCGGGCCACCAGGUGGGACCCAGCGGCUGCCGGGACAUAAAUAUGUCCUGGCCGUUGGGAGCUCGGUAUUCCAUGCAAUGUUCUAUGGAGAACUUGCUGAGGACAAAGAUGAAAUCCGUAUACCAGAUGUGGAGCCUGCUGCUUUUCUCGCAAUGCUGAAAUACAUAUAUUGUGAUGAAAUUGAUUUGGCUGCAGAUACUGUCCUGGCCACUCUUUAUGCUGCCAAGAAGUACAUCGUCCCUCAUCUUGCCCGUGCCUGCGUCAACUUCCUAGAAACAAGUCUAAGUGCGAAGAACGCCUGCGUGCUGCUUUCCCAAAGCUGCUUGUUUGAGGAACCUGACCUGACCCAGCGCUGUUGGGAAGUGAUUGAUGCCCAAGCCGAGCUAGCUUUGAAGUCCGAGGGUUUCUGUGACAUUGAUUUUCAGACGCUUGAAAGCAUUCUCCGAAGGGAGACUCUGAAUGCCAAAGAAAUUGUUGUUUUCGAAGCAGCUCUGAAUUGGGCCGAAGUGGAGUGUCAGCGACAGGAGCUCACUGCCACCAUAGAGAAUAAGCGCAAAGUCCUCGGAAAGGCGCUGUACUUGAUACGUAUCCCUACCAUGGCACUCGACGACUUUGCGAAUGGCGCUGCUCAGUCUGGGAUUCUGACUCUCAACGAAACCAAUGAUAUCUUCCUUUGGUAUACAGCUGCCAAAAAGCCAGAGUUACAGUUUGUAAGCAAGCCCCGGAAAGGCCUUGUUCCUCAGCGGUGCCAUCGUUUCCAAUCCUGUGCUUACCGCAGCAACCAGUGGCGUUACAGGGGCCGGUGCGACAGCAUCCAGUUUGCUGUUGAUAAGAGAGUGUUUAUAGCUGGCUUUGGGCUAUACGGCUCCAGCUGCGGAUCAGCAGAAUACAGUGCCAAGAUUGAACUCAAACGACAAGGAGUUAUCCUAGGCCAGAACUUGAGCAAAUAUUUCUCAGAUGGUUCUAGUAACACUUUCCCUGUGUGGUUUGAAUAUCCAGUACAGAUUGAACCUGACACCUUUUACACAGCUAGUGUGAUUUUGGAUGGUAAUGAACUCAGCUAUUUUGGACAGGAAGGAAUGACAGAAGUUCAGUGUGGGAAAGUGACUGUUCAGUUUCAAUGCUCUUCGGACAGUACAAACGGCACUGGGGUACAGGGAGGGCAAAUUCCUGAACUCAUAUUUUAUGCUUGAAUGUGUGGAGUCAAAGCAUUUUUUCCUAUGAAAAACCUGUCUAGUUCAGACCUACUGACGCUUAGCUCUUUAUCUGCAGAUAUGUGAUCAGUACAAGUUAUUUGUCACAAACGCUACAGGCGAGUCACUGGCUUGCUAUACUUGUAGCAUCAUUGGUGAUGAAGUUUAAGUGUAAUAUUUAACUUUAAACUGGAAGCUCUUAUGAAUAAGCAAGUUUUGAACGCUUAGUAAGAGAAAUACCUGUUUGCUGGCGAUGCUGACCCUUGCUUUGAUGCACCUGAAUCACCAGAGGAUGCCCUCGUAUCUCAUGGGCUCUAGAACUCCUUCCACUAAAUGCUGUCAUCUUUGAUCAGUUUUCUCUUUCUCCGUUUACUGCUCUUUGCUUGUAACUAUUUUGGGGAGAUCGGUAGAAAACAAGGAGCCUUGUUUUAUGGCUCUCUUCUGUGUACUCUUCAAACUGAAGAGAUUACAAUCAGCUGAGCUGAUUUUGAUCAUGGAGGCUAACAGAAAUGCUUCAGUUCUAAACAGAAAAAGUAUAGGUCUAUACCAUCAUCCUGAGAGAUUCUGCUGUAGCCAGCUAUUUGAGGAAGCUACACAGUGUGUUGACCAGAAUGCAUGGACGCGUUUACAGUGAGUAAGGGUUUGGGUUUGAUAUGUGACCCUAAGAGUUCGUAGUCCAGGAAUCCCACUUUGAAGGCAAGGAAGUACUUGCACAUGUUCAAAUGACAUAUACAAGCUGAAAUCUCUACUCUUUUGACCUAAUUUUACUACAUUGAAGUUGAUUUGCUAUUUAAGUUGCUUUUCUUCAAAUCCCCGCUAAAUAGACAGGAGUUAAUAUCUAGCAUUUGAUGUAGGACAGUUUUUAUAUUUUUCUUGUUUUCUUCCUAAACAUUUAGAAGCAUGUGGUAGAGAAACAAAAGAACGUACUGGUACCAACUUAGACUUUUUUUUUAAUACUAUGAGAAUUUUGAAAGAGACAAGAUUCCCAAAUGUCAUGUUACAGUUAGUGUACAUCUCUUACAGCUGCUUAUGUGGAACCUUCUCUUUAUCUGAGUCCUCUCUCAAGCUUCCUGUCAUAUGUCUGUCAUCUCUGGAAAAGUAUUAGGGUUCAUAGCUCUUUCUGAGAAGGAAAUAAGUAUAAAUAACAGACAUAGGUACUAUUUAAAUACAAGGAAAUCUUUCACCCUUGCAUUGUGACACUUGUAUCUCAGAGGGACCUAUUGUAGUACCACUCAUUUAAUCUCCAAAGUGGGUUCUGUCGUGUGUGUGUAUAUGUGUGUGUUUUAAAAAAAUUAGAGGACCAAAUAAUUAUUAAGGCAGUCUGAAGAUUAAUAUAUCAACACAUUAAUGUAGCACAACCCUAAACUGACUUGUCAGUUUUGCGAUGAAAAUCUUUUUCCCAUUAGAUUUCUUAUCAGUUUGACACUACUACUCUUAUGUGUUUCUUGACAGAUGGAACCCUGGCCUCUGGCCAUUGUUAAGUGCCAACACUUCUUUGCAGUGUCCAGAAUAUCAUCUGAGAUGAGAAAAACUGGAGUGUGGAUAACAAACAAUUUAUGGCCAAAGCUCAGUUCUUUCCUCUAGAUAAUAAAGCCAAGUGAAAAACUACCCUACAAGAUCUAUGCCUUUCACCCAUCUUACUCUUUAGUGUUUUAUAUACAUACGUGCAUGUGUAUGUAAGCAACAUUCCUUCUGAAAUGUAAAUACCCUCAAAAUAUGGUGAUUUUUUUUUUUUAACAGAUGUACAUAAUCCAGACUGUUACUGAAAUUUAAGCAGUGGUCCAUGGAAAACUCACAGAAAGAGAUUUUAAAACAGCCGCCAUUUAAAUAUAUUUAGAUGUGCAGCCUAAAAUAAACAAGAAUGUGUGGACUGGAGAAAGAGUUGCUUAAGAGACUGCAAAAAGGAAUCUAAGAUUGUUGUGAGGUAAUGGUCAUCUACCUGGAGAGAAUGUUUUGAGCAGCAAUUUCAUUUAUUUAAAUAGACUUGGAAGCAGAGCAAGAUGCUAAUCAGCCUGCUAAAUUUUUCUUACAGCAAGUGGUUGACACAGAUGUAAUAAUUCGGAGUGAAUAUCAGAUUGACAAGCUGCUUGCCGUAGCAAGCUGCAUUCUGAGUUUUGGAAGAAAAAUAUAAAUGAGGUGCCUCAGCUGUUGGGACAAAUCAGUACUGCACUGCUAUAUCUAAACUCUGGUUCUCACUUUUAAUUUUGUUGGUUUUUUUGCUUGUCUGCAAAUAAAGGUAAGCUAUCUGCUACGUUGGCUGGAAUAGAUGGUAGGAGAUUGAAAUACUGUAUAGCUGUAUAAAAUUAGCUAUUAUUUAAUUAUUUUUAUUUGCUGGUUUUAUUAAAUCGUUUUGACGAAGCAGGAUGAAAGCUAUCUCUAGCUUAAUUCCUCUGAGUCCCUUCCAGGUUUUAGGAGCUGCUGCAUGUAAAGUUGUUUUUUUAUAUGGAUCAAUAAACAUAAGCACUCCGAAACAGCUUUUGAGCUUGAUUGUGAGUCCUGCUUGAUGCUGACAGGUGCUGCUGUAUUGAAAAGGUGGCUAGUUGUAGUCCCCUUGGGGCAUCCAGGCACUUAAGUGUCCGCAUGUAGAUUUGGUCAGUUUAGCAGUAGUAUCUAAGCUUGAACACAUGGAUGUUCUGCAAGCAUCGGCUGUAUCAACCUGGAAUGUAAGCAUAAUGUCAGUAGAGAUAACUUUGGAUAGAUUGUCUUAAACUGUACCUGGCCACCUUUGCUACUUGUAUGUUUGAUUUUCCUGGUUAGGGGAAUCUGUGAUAGAGAGUAUAAUGUAAUAUACUUUCUGCAUAUCUAAAGUAGUAUUUAAGUAAAUGCUUUAAUUUCUACAUGCUUAUUGCACUGAACUGUUUUAUUUGUUGUUUGUUUUGGUGGUUGUUUUUUUAUGUAAUUAAAUGCAGCUAACUUCAGGUAACAGCACUCGUUUGUGCUGGAGCAGCGUUUGAUUUUGGCAGGCUUCCGGCAUUAUUUAUAAAGGACAGAUAUAUAAAUAUGAAGUACCUCAUGUUGAAUGUUAUUGUACUGUAUCUUCAAUGUCACAGUGCAGAUCUUGUUGGACUCAUGAAUGUGUAUAAUCGCAUUAAACCUACGAAUAAAAAUGGUUCUUAAAUGGUU